AUUGUACGGUCUUACUAAACCAGCACGCCAAAAAAACUCGGAAUUUUUCUUUCUUUUUACAAUUUUCUUCUAGUCGCAUUGCAAAUUUCCCCAAGUCAUAUUGAAAAGUGUUAAGUGUUUACCAGCUGGCCAAGCGCUAAGAGCAGCGGAAGCGGUAGCGAACACGCAUGUCGCUGCCUCCCGAGGACGCCGAUUUGUCCACCAGAUCCGCACACGAAUCCGCAUUCCGCGUGGAAAGCCAUGGGUCGCCAGUCCGAGUAGUCGGUUCGCCAGUAGGCCAGCGAAUUCCGGCGUCGCCAGCAGCUCAACCAAACGAGAUUCAGCGCGUCUCUCAUGCAGACUCACGUUGCAGCACGACCCCAAGUCGGGGCAACUCGUUGGUAAGACCGAAAAGAUCGGAAGAAGCAGCAGCCAUCGCCGCAGCGGCACAACUCCCGUGGGCGGAGAGUCAAGGGCACACGCCAUUGUCGCCAUCGCGGGGCAAUUCGCUUGGAUCGCACUUGUUGCCAGCUGAACCGGCAUCCGCCACUUCGACAACCAAUGCGUACUCCUCGCCUCCAGGGGAUUCACGAUUUGCGUUCGCGAACCAAAACUACUCGCCGCUGCUGCCGCGGUGUGUCGCAGUUCCAAAUCAGCAUUACUCUCCAGCUGGAUCGCCAUUACAUCGUCUCCAGGAGCUGCAAAACUGUCAACUGACAGAUUCGCCGCUGAGACUGCGUUUUCCUUCCCCCUUGCUAGGCAACUCUGACGGACCUCUGUUCACGCCAAACCUACUAACGCCGAACACCAAUCGUAGGGUUGGUUCACAGAUUGAGUUUGAGCAAAACCACCAGCUCACAUAUCCCAUACAGCAGGUUGGCCAACAGCGAGCAUCGGCCAACCAUCAGCAAAACAUUCAGCUGGUAUCGGAACUGCAGCCGCUACACUACCAGGUCCACGAGCAAAACCACCCGAUUGUAACCCAGAUCCAGGAGGAAACCCUCCAGGUUUUCCCCGAAACACAAGUCACAAAUAUCCAAGAGCAAACUGAUACUCAUGUUAAGAAACAAAACAACUACGAAUCUGAUAUCCAGGAGCUAGAUCAGAAACUUGAAUGUGUUGUCUCAGGACAAAAUCUCCCGAUUGUAACUAAAGCACAGGAACAAAAUGAUCAGACUAUAACCGAGAUUCAGGAGGAAAACCAGAUUGUCCCCGAAGUCCAAGAGAAAAAUCUCCCGUUUGCAUCUGAUAUUAAGGUGCAAGAUCAACAGACCGUAACCGAGAUCCCAGAGAAAUGUAUCCAGCUUGCAUCUCCUGUUGUAACUGAUAUAGAGGUACAAAGUUCUCAGAUUCUAACCGAGAUCCACGAGCAAAAUCAUCAGACUAUAACAGAGAUCCAGGAGGAAAGCCCGAUUGUCUUCGAAAUCCAAGAGAAAAAUCUCCCCUUUGCAGCUAAAAUUCAGGAGCAAGACGAACAGACAGUAACCGAAAUCCCAGAAGACAGUUUUCAGCUUGCAUCUCCUGUUGAAACUGAUAUACAGGUAGAGAGUACUGAGAUUGUAACCGUGAUCCAGGAUGAUGAUGUAAAGUUAGCAACCGAUAAUCAGGAACUAGAUCUCCAGACUAUACCCGGAAUUCUGGAAAAACACCAACAGAUUGAAAGUGAAUUCUCUCAGGAACACAACCAGCAAACAGCCGAGAUUCAGACGGAAAGUCUUCAGUUCGCAUCUGAAAUCGAGGAGCAAGGUCUGCAGAUUGUUACUGAGAUUCAGCAACAAAAUCAUGAAAAUGUAAUCGAGGUACAGGAGGAAAGCUUACAGUUUACGCCUGAUACACAGAACGCAGAUCAGCCGACCGAAUUCAUUGAAAUCCAGGAGGAAAAUCAGCAGUUCGCAUCUGAUAAUCAGGAGCAAGACCUGCAGACUGUAACCGAAAUACAGGAGGAAUAUCACGAAUUUUCGCAGGAAAAUCUCCAGUUCGCAACUUAUAUCCAGGAGCAAAGCGAGCAGAUAGCACCGAAAGACCAACAGGCGGAUCAACUGGAAGAGCCACAGGACCUGAUUGUUACCGAGAUCCAAGAACAAAGUGCGCAGCUUGCAUCCGAGUUCCAAGAGUACAACCAAAAGCUGGCAUCUGCGUUUCAGGAGGGGGACCAACAGGUUUAUUCUGAGAUCCACGAUCAACAACCUAAGGUGGAGGCGCAGAACUACGACAACUUAGCUGGUGAAUUCCCCGGACAUCAAUUGGGAGUGUACCCGGAAAACCGUAUUGAGGUCGAACCAGUGAACGAGAUAUACGAAGUCCAACGGGAGGGAGAAGUGGCUUGCCAAACAGGGCCUACUGAAGGCCGCCAGCAUCAGAACUUGGUUCCUGAAGACGAGGCGCCAUUCCCUCCCGCUGAAGCUCGACCAUCACCUACUCCAGUAGAUAUAUCAGACCCCGCUUCACCUGGGCAUGGCGAGGUGCUAGAUUCGGGUAAUCCCAGCAUCGAGUGUAUUCGCAAGACCUUCAAACUCAUUCGAGAGAUCUCCGAUAGUCUGAUCGCCGAUCCAGAGCAACCACAAGCCCAAACCCACCGCCUGUCCAUUUUCCUUCUGCGCCAGAAGCUGGCCGAUGUGUGCCAUAAGAUUCUAGGCGAAGCUUUACACGGCCAGGCCACCGAGGAGAGCAUCUCCCUGCUCAGAGAGAUCUUCGUGUGCGACGAGCAAACUAAGCCAGCGCAGCAGCUAUCAGGUCGACGCUCCACGAAGCCAAGCGUCAACCAGCAAGACAUUUCAAUGGGCUUAGAAAUAUUAAAAAGACUCCGUGACUUGUUAUCCGGUUGGUAUACUUCCAAAGACAGUGAAUCUGACACCGGCGAGACCGGAACGGGAUUCGAGGCUCGAAACGGAAAAGGUCGUGGAGCCGACCGCCAGCCGGAAAACAAUUUUUCACCCCGAAAAAGACGCAACCAAGAAGAGAGCCCUCGUCUGAUCAAGUAUCGACGUGUGGACAACAGCUUUCCCCGCUACAUAACGAAUGAGACUGCCGAGGACCUAAUUCCCAACAAGUCCAUGGCCGAACGGGAUCAGCCACAGAGCUCAAAGCGGCUCUCAAUAUUUAAUCCGCCGGUAUACACGCAGCACCGGGUGCGCAAUGAAGCCCCCUACAUACCCACCCCAUUUGACCUCUCAGACGAUGAGGAGCCGUCCCAGACAUAUGCCAACGCUGGGCCAUCAGCCAGGCCCCUGACUUACUCGGAUGCGGUGCGUCUGGGUCAGAAUGGCUUUGGAGAGUACCGUGUAAAUGGGCACUCCAACCAUACGGUGCGCAGAGCACCAGCUCAGAUGGAGAAAAGCAUUCUGACCCACGAGAUGGAGCGCAUGGAGCAUGAGCAGUAUAUCAACCUUAUCCAUACCGUAGCCCACAGUAGUUCCGUGGGCAGUCGCUUCGUCAAGCCAGGUGCUCCGCCGCCGCUUCAGCGGAUUGAUUCCCAGGCGGCAACCUGGAGCUCUGUACUGCGUGGCAACCAAUCUCAUGUAACAAAGACACCGUCACUAAGCCAUGCGAACCGUGAGCUUACAGAGUACGCCAAAUUGAUUGACCGCAAGGCGGAGCAGGAGAACAGGACUCCGGUAUCACCGCAGCUAUUGCGAAGCACUAGCAAUAGCGCCGCCAGCCAUGCAUCCACUAUUUCCAGCAGCGGAUCCUCCUCCUCCGGCAGUUCCUCAUGUUCAACUUGUUCGUCAUCUGAUUCUGAUGCUCAGACAACUUCCGUAACUGAUGCCUCGGAGGACAAGAAAGCCAAGGAAGCCAAAAACAGCGUCGCAUCACAGCCGUUGAACGCCAAACCCACCAGGCUCUCCAUGACAGAUUCCUUGCACCGUCGCUUUGCCAGUUGCGUCUAUCUUAAGGAUGACUUCGCAGAGCAAUUUAAAGCAAGAGCGGCACGACGGCAAGAGGAAUCCAAACAUCUUCUUGGCCUAGCUGAACAGCAGGCUAAUCAAAGCAGAGAUGAACGCCGUGCCUAUGAACUAAAACUGCGGGAAAACAUAUUCCAAUAUCGCAUCCCCCACAAGCCCAUUUUUGUCAUCGGACCCCUGGACAAGGCAGUCGAGAAGAAAGUGACCAAGCUCAUUCCGCUAACAAAGGAGCUUGACGAUCGCUUCUACGAUAUGACAGACAGUGAGAAAUCGGUGGAACUCAUUUUUAAAUUCAACCUACACAUAACCAGCGAAGACAUACGCACUUUUGUUGAUGGAGAAUGGCUUAACGACGAGGUCAUCAAUUUCUACAUGUCCUUGCUGACAGAACGCUCGGAGAAGCGAGCUGGCGAACUGCCCGCCACUUACGCCAUGAACACAUUCUUCGUGCCCCGCCUCCUGCAGGCUGGGCAUGCUGGCGUUAAGCGCUGGACUCGCAAAGUGGACUUGUUCAGCAAGGACAUAAUCCCGGUGCCAGUGCACUGCAACGGAGUCCACUGGUGCAUGGCCAUCAUUCACUUGCGUAACAAGACCAUCCGUUAUUACGACUCCAUGGGAAAGCCAAACCAGCCGGUGCUGGACGCUCUAGAGAAAUAUCUGCGCGAGGAGUCCCUAGAUAAACGCAAGCAGCCGUUUGACACCAGCGGUUUCGUGAUUGAGAGCGUGCAGAAUAUACCACAACAAUUGAAUGGUAGCGACUGUGGUGUCUUCAGCUGCAUGUUCGCCGAGUAUAUAACGCGUGAUGUACCGAUAACCUUCUCCCAGUCGGAAAUGCUUUACUUCCGCAAGAAGAUGGCUCUGGAGAUCGCCGACGGAGAGUUGUGGCAGUAGAGGCGUCCAAUCACAAUGCGACUCAUUCAAGAUUAGAAGAAAGGGGGAAUCCAGUUCUUUAUUUAUUAUUAUAAAUCUAACAUAGACACUCCAACAAAAAUUCGCAACAAGUGUUUAGCCAUCCAACGAUCUCGUUUAUUCGAUUGAAUCGAGAUGGCUGAAACAUGCGCUGGUGCAUAAACUCGUUCUCACACUUAUAUGUAACAGAGGAACUAGUUUUUCAAUAAAAUGCUACCAAGUAAAAGCAAA